AUGCGAGGAGAUGAAUACGUGACCAUCAUCGAUAGCGAUGCAUUUCUCAGCGCAGACCGGGAUGCGGCUGUGGUCUUUGAGCUUACUCCUGAUGGAUUUCUGGUUGAUGACAGAGGAGACUACCUGUAUACAAGAACAUCUACGGGAGUCCAACCACUCCAAAAUGCGAGGACUCCAGAAGGCGAAACUAUAUGGAGUCUACAAGGAGGAGUUCUCGUCUAUGGAGACUCUACCUUCUACACACUUCCAACUGGACAAAUUGUUGUGGCUUUCAGAGACAGUGUCCCUCCAUUCGAAGCUCUGGCUAUAUCGAUGAUUCCAGAUUUCGUGGACCUUCCGACCACUUCAACGAGCUUGUCAUUCAGUCGAACUUCAGUGUCUGUGUCCAGUGGGAAUACAGAAGUUGCGACUUCCACGACAUUGUUCGCGACGCUGUCGACAACUGAAACGAUCACCGAGUCUACGAAUGCGGAGAGUAGUACAUUCGAUUCUGGGUCAACCUCGAAGAGGGAGUCGAGCAUUAUAUCCCAGGGCUCGGGACUGACAAGCACGACUUCACAGAUGGCUUCAUCCGAGUUAUCUUCCACGUCUGGUCCAGAGGACACGAGCAUAAUGGAACAGCCUCUGAGCUCGCACAUGACUUCGACACAACGUGGAACGGGACUUGCAACGAGUGAGAGUUUAACGCCGUUCUCGCCGAUUUAUUCAACCUCGACAUUCCCAACGAGUAUCGUCACGAUUGCCAGCCCGUCAGCGUCGAGGGUACCAACGAUUGCGUCUUCAUGGGCCGCCAGUUUCUCUUCCGUGGCCAGCUCAGUGCCAUUGAGCUCAACAUUCUCCGUCUCUCCUGCCUUCAGCGGGCCCAGCAUAAGUACGACUCGUACAUCAAGUUCGGCCUUGAUGAGCAUUCGUAGCUCGUAUACAUAUUCGGCGGUGCCCUCUUUAUCCCUAGCCACGAGCACAACCACAGUGCCACCCGGCCUAUUGAGUUCAUCUGUAACCUUUUCGAGCAUGCUUUCCAGUCGCCCUUCUCCUUCUUCGUUGUUCUCAUCCUCUUCGGGUGUUGCUACUUCCAAAAGCAGUAGCAGUGGCGGCAGCACCACCACCACCACCCUCAGACCUAUCAUCUCACAAUCCUCAACAUCUCCAGCGAUCAAUGCAUCCCCAAUUACGACAACGGCAGGAGGGGCAGUACCAGUAUCAAGUUCAGGUACAAGUAUAAGCACAAGCCCCACAUCAUCAGCAUCAUCGGGACUGUCUCGAACACCGACCUCGUCCGUAUCGUCCGCAACAACCUCCUCCUCGUUAUCCUCCUUGCCGUCCUACCCCUCCAAGCGCGGGUUAGCCUACACCAAUGUGACGACGCUACCAUUUUACCCUCCUCCAUCGCCAUACAUCUCAUGGUCAUACAACUACUACUCCCUGCCCAACGCUUCGGACAACGUCGGCGCGUACCCAAGCACACAGUUUCGGUACAUUCCGCUCCUGUACAAUGAUGCCUCGUCCCUCACGUCAAUCUGGGCCGGCAACGUCAACUACAGCAUCUCUCACUACGGCACCGACGCCAUCUUUGGUUUCAACGAGCCCGACGCAUGCUUCUCGGGCCAAUCGGCGUGCAUGAACCUCUCGAGCGUGCUGAGCGGGUAUCAACGUUUCCUGCAGCCUUUUGCCUCUAUCGUCGGUGCCUCUGGUGGUGCCGGUCAACAGGGCGGUGGUCGCAGCGGCGGUGGUCAUGUCAAAAUCGGUGCACCGGCGGUAACGAACAUAGGCGCACCAAGCGGAUUAGACUACCUCGCUCGAUUCCUGGGGAACGCCACGCUCAUGAACUUGACGGUCGACUUUAUCAACAUACACUGGUACGCGAGUCCGUAUAACAUUCAAUAUUUCAUGGACCAUGUCACGACGGCGUACAAUGUCACCGGGCAAGCCAAGUAUCCUGUCUGGGUCACCGAGUUUGGCAUGGAUAGAGGGGACUACGAUCAGAAUGUCGUUGUUGAGUUUGUGAGUGAUUAUUCUUUGAAUGUCUUUUUCCCCUUUUCUCAGUCUUGGUCUUUCUCUUCAUCUCUCGGGAUGCUCUGCACAUCCAUAACCGUACCCUCCACGCGCACUCACCUCCCCCCUCCCCACGCCACCCGACGCAAGACCUCCCCCAUAGGCAACUUCUACUCAACAACUAGACUGACAGCGUUCUUUCCCAAUGGUUGGCAAUAG